AUGUUAAACAUAAAAGAGUUGAUGAUGGUGAAAACUAUUAUUCAGAUUAUCCAGGGUCCUUCUGAUCUUUCUCAUUCUACCAAUUUAAAGGUUAUGUUUAAUCAAAAAGAAGAUUCUAUCACAUGUAGUUGCAUGCUUUACAUUAAAAAAGGAUUCUUAUGUCGCCAUAUUUUUUAUGUUUUUAAUAUCAAGGAGAUUGAUAUAAUACCAUCAAAGUACAUAUUGAAGCGUUGGUGGAAAGAUAUCAUUCAUCUUGAACUCUUGAGACAAACAUUUUCAAAUUAUGGAAAUGAAAGUAAAAUGAUUCAAGAUGCUUUUAUUACUUUUGGUUCAAUUGUUAACAAAUUAGCAAAAGAGGAGGAUGUGUUGAGCAAUUUUCUGAGUAAUCUUCAAGAAUAUUUGAGUGAAUUUAAUAAAUGUGGUUCAUCAAUGUCAUCAUGUAGUAAAUAUACACAUAUGACAUCUUUACGUGGAGCUUCAGUACCUAAUACUAUUAAUUUUAAAAAUCCAGAAGUUAAUACAGACAAGGGUACUGGGAAAGAUUCAUCAGCAAUAAAUAAAAGUCAACUAAGGCGUCGAAGAAGCGAUUAA